GUCUGUGAACACAGAGGAAGGAUUUUGAUCUGAUCUGUUGUGCUGUGAAUUGUGCGAAACUUUAACUAUUUUAAACAUGGAUAAAGAGUUAUUUCGUAAGCUUGCGUCGAAGAUUGGGAUAACAUCUCUUAAAAUAUUGAGCCAAGCAGAGGAGUACAUGCGAUUAUCCCAUCUGAAGUGUGUUGGAUUGGGCUCUGUGACAGCCACCAGUAAAGCCAUUAUUUGUCUGGAGUUGGCUGCAACCGCAAUGAAAUAUCCUAUAGACAAGGAGUAUGCCAUUAAAAUAUCCGGUCUGAGUGCUAAAGCCUACCACAGUAAUUUGAAAGCUAUGGAGUGCAUGCUGGGCCUGCAGUCUAAUCUGGGUCUCAGGGACCUUGCAGUGCAAUAUGGAUGUCUGGAUGCUGUUAAUGUAGCCUCUCAGAUGCUUCAACGGUAUGAGGACAGUCUGCCUGCUGCUCAGCAACAAGACCUUGACUUGACUAAACCUCUCUUUACAACUGCAGCUCUACAUGCAGCAUGCAAGUGCAUGAAAAUCAGAACUGACAGGAAAUUAGCCUCUUCAUCUGGAGCGAAGAAAGGCAUCUUUGACAGGUUGUGUACGCAAUUCCAGAAAUUUGGACAGGAGAUCUGUACGGAAGCUUCCUCAACACAGGAACCAAUAAAAACGUCUCAAAAGAGGCAGAAGACCCUUACUGAAAUGCUUGUAAUAGAAGAUGACGACACAGACACUUGCUUCCCAUUAAACAAUAAUGAUGGAAAUCAGGCAACGUCACCCAAGCAAGUGCGGAUUGAGAAGACCGAAGAGGAGGUGACACAAAAUUAUGAAGAGUGGAAAAGAAAAAUCCUUGAGAAUGCACUGAAAGCUAAAGCUGUAGAUUCAUAA